AUGCGAUCUCCGCGAGCCGUCAUAAUCGUUGCUUUCUUCAUAACAGUUCUAUUCCUGACAUUCCUUUCUCUGCGAUCUUCCCAUCCGCCGAAGAAAGCAACAGUCGCAUCGCCAGCACACAAGACCCGUCUACAGUCAUUCUUCUCCUUUCGAGCGCCCUUCUCUCUCUUUCCACCGAAUGCCAUCAUCACCCUCACACACGAAAACUCGACCGCUUUCUUAGCACGACCUGCAGCGUUUGGCCCAUCGUUACCCCAGGAGGGUUUGAGUGGGCAGCUAUGGAUUGGAAGUGGCUUCGGCGAUGAUAGCAUACGGGAAGGGACUGCUGCUGCUGGCGCUGUGGGCGAGCUAGGCUGUAGUGACGUACCUGGGUGGGUUGAUGAUUAUGCGAAGAAGCCAGGUACUGCAAAAUCUGAUGGAGUGAAAUCUGGAGUGGAUAAGUCUGCGACGACUGCAGCUAAAUCCCGCAAGAGAGGCAGUGAUGGAGAUGGUCCGUUCGAUGACCGGACGGCUACAUCAGAGGACUCCCCGCGCAAGAAGAAGGAUGGCUCAGAGCCUUCUAUUGACGAUGGCACUGACGAUUACCUCCAUCAUCCUUUACCAGGUUCCCGUGUAUCCAAACCUACCGACCCGCAACCGGCUGAUGCUAAUGGAAACCAUGCCGAUAUUCAGUCAAUACAAGAGGGCGCGGAGAUUGCUGGGAAGAUUGUUCUUUUGAGCCGUGGUGGAUGCGGCUUCUUGGAAAAGGUCAAAUGGGCCCAGCGUAGAGGCGCAAUUUCCCUGAUCGUUGGUGAUGAUACCAAGGGAGGACCUCUGAUACAAAUGUACGCCCGGGGGGAUACCUCAAAUGUCACCAUCCCAUCCAUCUUUACCUCACGGACUACUGCCCAUCUUCUAUCGUCUCUAGUGGGAUCUGGAAAUUUCAUCGAGGAUUCAGUUGAUGAGAAGGGUAACCCGACCUUGAAGGUCCUGCACACCGACAAGCCGAAAAAGGCUGGGAAGAACCCGAAUUUAAAACCUACUUUUACACAGACAACGACAACGACCAAAGCAACUUCGACAUCGCGGCCGGCUUCAAAGGCCCCCAAAAAGGGUUCUACGCCGACCAAAAAAGAAUCUACCGUUAUGACCACGGAGCGACCUGGCUGGUUCAAGUCUCUAUUUUUCGGGUCUAAAAAGGGCAAUUCUGAAGCCGAUAGCAGUCGUCCUCCAAGCAGUGGUCAGCUGGACUGGGUUCUCGUGGACGAUUGGAAGGACGAUGAUAGUACUAAUACGGAGAAGGUCUCUUCGGCAAAGUCCAAACAGAAUACUGAUACUGGAGCCAAAAAUACCAAAACUGGUGAUGAUUUUGUUAUUGGUGUUCAAGACUGGCGCGACCCCGACUUGGUUGGUUCAUCAAGCUCAAAGGAUUCCGAGAAAGGCAAUGCUGCCGAGAAGUCGGAUACCACGAAGAUGAGGAAUACCAAUUCCCACCCUGCAAAAUCCGGGAAGAAACACAUCGGCGGAGCUCUUCAAGAUAUACCCGAGUAUAUUCCAAAGCUUAGAGGCGGAAGCACUACACCUGGGAGUGGUGAAUAUAGUGCAGAGAUCGAAUCUGAAUCAGAGAAGCCUAACACACAAGGGGAACAGAAAGAUUCGGCGAAUGAAGGAAAAUCGAAGGGGCUGUUAACAGCUAUUUUUGGAGAUGACGAAGAGGAUAUCGAAUUCAUACCCACUGGAUCAAGCAGCACUACACAUAAUGUCGCUGAAGCGGCUAGUGAGGACAAUGACAACGACGGAGAAUACGAUGGCCUAUGGGUCACGUUAACACCAACCAAUGGAGCCAGCCCCUUCCUGGACACGCUCUUGGUCCUGGUCGUCAGUCCUCUAGUCACUCUAACUGUGGUAUAUGCACUUCUUCUCGUGAGAUCUAGAAUACGGAGACGUCGCUGGCGAGCACCAAAGUCUGUCGUCGACAGACUACCAGUGCGAACCUACCAGACUAUCACCACGCCUGGUCACCAGUCUCCAAGAUUACCAAGUCCUACGAGUACUUCUGCAACCACCCCUCUCCUUCAGCAAUCGCCAUCAGCUAGGCCUCGACCACGGUCGAGGACAACGACUGGUAUCCCAGAACACGGAGGCCCCGUUCAAGUCAACUCUAGUCCGCUGCAAAUGCCCUCAUCUCCAGCGCGCUCUCAGGAACAUGAGAAAUCUUCCAAUGUUUCCCCUGAAUGGAAAAGGUACAUGGGCAAACAAGUGGAGUGCGUCGUGUGCCUAGAAGAGUAUAUCGAUGGUGUUAGUCAAGUCAUGAGUUUACCUUGUGGCCAUGAAUUCCAUGUGAACUGCAUAACACCAUGGUUAACAACGCGUCGACGAACAUGUCCGAUUUGCAAAGGCGAUGUUGUCCGUUCUCUAGCUCGCGGUUCCUCUUCCAGUCCUCGUUACGAGCCGUAUAUUGACGACAGUGAUGAUGAUGGCCAAGCCCAAGCCUCCGAAACAGCCAAUGAGUCCUCCUCAUCUGGAAUUCUAGGCGACGUAUCUGAUGAAAAUAAUGGUGAUCUUGAGCAAGGCACCGCCUCAUCUGAUUCAAGUCGCCGUGGUGGAGCAGACCCUUCCGUGAGCUGGAGAAGCCUGUUAACCAGCAGUCUCGGAUCUACUUCUAGACGGCCACAUUCGUCCCAGGAAGAACGAAGUCGAUGA